CUUCCGGGUUGCGGCCCACCCGCCGCCUCGCCGCCAUGGCCGCCUUGUCAGACGCUGAGCUCCGGCGAGAGCUGCUGGCGCUGGGCUACGAGGCGGGGCCCGUCACCGACACUACCCGCCGCCUCUACCAGAAGAAGCUGGGCUGCCUGCGGGCCGAGCGGGCGGCCCAGCGUCGCAGCCAGGCGGCCCAGCCCCGCAGCCAGGCGGCCCAGCCGAGCCCGGGGCGGCCCCAGGGCCCGUGGCUAAGCCGCAGGGGGAGCCCCGGCGAUGAGGGCAGCUCGGAGGAGGAGGAUGAGGAUGAGGAGGGCGAGGCCCGCACGGGGCUGUCGUGGGGGGCCCUGGGCGAGGCCCCCCCCUGCACCCGCCCAGGCCUGUCCUCGUUGGGCCUGGCCCACAGGCCGCUGCUGACCGGAGGGGACUCGCCCUCCCGUGCUCCUUGGGCCUCCCCGGGGCGGCUCAGCCACCGGCCCCUGCUGGGCUCGGGCGCUGCCGCGUUGUCCCCCGGCGCCCGCUGGGACGCGGAGCCGGCCACCGGGGCGCUGGGCCUGAGCCCCCGACCCCUGCUGGGCUGCGACGGGGGGAAAUUCCCCCGCUGGGACGCGGAGCCGGCCACCGGGACGCUGGGGCUCGGCCGCCGGCCCCUGCUGGGGGGACAGGAAUCGGGCCCUAGUGCCACGUGGGAGCGGGGCAGCCCCCACUGGGCCGGCGAAGGAGCCUCGUGGAGGCCGGAGGGAGACGGGGCGUCUUCCAGGAGCUCGUGGUGGCGGCCGGGACUUGACAGGGACCGUCCGUCCCCGCUGGGGUCCGCGCGGGCCGAGCUCACCCGCCGGGCCCCGUGGAGGAGCGCGGCGGGGCCGGGGCCGGCGAGCUGGGCGGCCAGACCCGCGGCGAGGCCCGAGAGAAAGGGCAGGCCGUUGGAGUACUACUUCUCCUGGUUCCUGUGUCUCUCCUCGUUGGCGCUGAUGCUGAUUUUCUUGGGCAUCCUCUGGGUGAAGAUGAUGGGGCUCGGCCGGCUUCAGGGAGCCGAGGACAGCUUUAAGCUGUUACCUGUGGAUUGUAAUAAAAAAACAGACGAAUUCUGUCAAGCUAAACAGAAGAGCAUUUUAAUGAACAUGCUGUAUGAAUUAUAUAACUACCUGGCAAUACAAGCUGGUAAUUUUGAGUGUGGAAACCCUGAAAAGCUAAAAAGUAAAUGCAUUCUGGUUAGUGAAGCAAGGGAUUAUGUGGCGAAUGUAACUGGUACUCCCCCAGAGGAGUUUGGAGCUGCCCUGGAUUGGAUACUGACCAGUAACAAGGAUUUAGGAAUAUGGUUAAAAGGCAAAGACCCCUCAGAACCAGUUACCAGCAUCGACCAGGUGGUCUGUCUCGAAUCCACCCGUCCUCGGAUGGGGUUGAUCUGUCGCUUCCGCCGGGCAUUGACCACUGCUAUUACAACCCUUUUCAUCUUUUUUUGGUGUCUAGCUGCCUUAUGGGGAAUCUUGAUCUUCUUGAGGUAUCGCUGGCGGAAGAUGGAGGAAGAAGAACAGGCCAUGUAUGAAAUGGUGAAGAAAAUCAUAGCCAUUGUCCAGGAUCACUACAAAGAAUGGGAGCGGAAUUUGGAGCGGUACCCCUACGUAGGCAUCCUCCAUGUCCGGGACAGCCUCAUCCCCCCGCAGAGCAGGAAAAAAAUGAAGCGGGUUUGGGAGAGAGCUGUGGACUUCCUGGCUUCAAACGAAUCGCGGAUUCAGACAGAGUCGCACAGAGUAGCGGGAGAAGAUAUGCUGGUGUGGAGAUGGACUCAGCCCUCUUACCUCUCUGACUCAGAGCACUAAGCUGGAAUCAACGGAUGAGCCAUUGGUUCCGAUCUGUGCAAUCCCCUCUCUGAUGGCGGGAAGGGCUGGUCGCUGUCUGAACCCCUCUGUUCGGACUUGCUCUGACCCCCUUCCCCUCUAUUUCUGAGAGAGACUGACCAGGUUUUUCAGGGCAAUAACCUUAGCUUGUAAGGAAGAUGGACUUGAGCUGGGGACAAGCCAGACGCACACCAAAGCCAGCUUUCUAGUGAUUCCAUGAGCAAAACAGCCAGACAGUUUUUAAUAGAAAAACACACCUAAUAGAAAGGGUCAUGAGAUCUCUUCCCCUGAGAUCAUUUGAAACUACCCUUACCCUGUGGAGGCCAGAGAGUGGCUUUAUCCAUUAGAUAGCACUCUGAAAGAAAAGAGUUAAAUAUUUCCCAGGGAAACAGAGAUGAGAGUUAGGAUCCAUUGUGUUACCAGGUGCUUCUAUGUCACCAGCACACCAAGAAUCUAUCACUUAAGGGAUGCUUAACAAGGGAAAUGUGUGUUUGUCCUUACAAGGAGUGGGGGAGGGGGGGUAGGACUGAGGGGGUAGACAGUAUUAUGUGCCUUGAAAGAUUUGGGGUGGGGAUGGGGUGUUGGAGGAGAGGUGACGCUCUCCUGCACUCUGUGUCUGCUGUCCUUGUGCUCUGUGUUAUACUAGGGGUGGGGGAGCAGAUGGAAAAUGGCAGGUCAUAGGUAGACAUAACAAGCAUAUUCUUACAGCUUCAGCUUAGAUGCAAAAUGAGCUGAGAAUAAGUCAUUAGGGGUGGUGAAUGUACAUGAUUUUACUGGGCAGCUGCAACAUGUGUACUACUUUUAAGAGCAGAGAUACCCAGUGCCUACAGUAUUGAUACGAGGAUUGUUACUGCAGUGCCACAAAAGGUAGUUGAUCUCCAGUAUAGCAUACUCUUUUAACCCUGCAGUCUUCAUCUUUUGUAUCUCCAGCAGUUGGGCUUCUUAACUUUUGUUCUGUCCAGUUGAGAAAUGUUUUGUUUCAAGGGGCAAAUAGCACCGGACUUAAUCUGGGCUGAAAUGCAAUUAGUUAGUCUCUGUGCCCCCGGUAUUGUAAAACCACUCUCCAAAUCACUGCUAAGACAGCAGAGAACCAAGUCACUUCUGGCAUAAAUCUAUUGGCUUCACUUAUGCCAGCAGUGAUUUCGAGCCCGUAAACCAGUGGAUUUGAUUCUUGUUAGUGUCAUAAAUACAGUGCACAUAUCCAUAUUUGUCUGUAAUGUUGGGUGCAUAUCAAGCUGCUUCUUUGAGGUUCUGGGCCAGCAGGUUAACUGGUACGGCUGUUGAACCCUGGCCUGCCGCUCUGUUGUAAUAAGAUAUCCUAGAAGGUUUGAAUCGGUUCUUUAGCAUAUGUAAACGUGUUAUCGUUUUAAUGGGGAAGUUUGUGCUUUUGCCACCCCCCCUCCACAUCGAAGGGUAGUUGGAAUUUUUCACCUAUGCAUUCUGCAAGCUGCUGAGGCAGACUGCAGAGAUUCAUUAUAUACCUCCUGCUGCCUCAUCAGCCAAAAUCAGUACGGAGCAAGAAGCCAUCUCCAGAAACAAGGCGCUAGGACGUCGUAUUAGUUAAGUAGGAGCGAUCCUGUGCUGAGUUGAAUUUUAUCCCCAUAUGUUCCUUUUUGUAGUGCAGGCAGGGUGUUGGAACAAAAGAGGAAUCUCGACAGCUGCCUUGGAGACAUUAGCCAUCUUUUCCCAUCCCUUAUUGAUUAAAAUGGAUGAUAAAACAAAGGCAGCCUUUGUUCUUUUAAUGUGUUACGACAAGAUCUUCAUUGGUGGUGGUUGCAAAAAUUCCCACAGUGCCUCCAUUCUUAGAUCUUUUUAAAAUGUCUGUGGAUUUUUGUUUUGUUUUAUUAACCAUCUGAAUUUGAAGUGGAAAAGGCCAAGCCUUGCAACAGUCUUCUUGCAUUGUUGAUGACAUUCAUUAUUCUAUUUUUAUUUUUUUACUUUUUGUAGGACGAAUCUCACUGGGUCGGUGCUAUUUAUUACACAUUUAAAUUGGCUCUGCAUUUUAACUUGUAGAAUAAAUUUGUUAUAAAUUAUUAUUCAUA